AUGGCGAUCCGUCGGUUCCUGAACCUUGAGCGGCGGCUGGAUCAGCAACCUGACCUGAAACGAGAGUACGCCAAGUUUAUCCACGAGUACGAGCAGCUUGGACACAUGAAGGAAGUCGAUGUCGGACCGUCCGAACCACCUGGAUCCGCGUACUACCUGCCGCAUCACUGCGUCUUGCGGCCCAGCAGUACAACAACGAAGUUGAGAGUCGUGUUUGACGGCUCGGCGAGAACGUCGACUGGAGUGUCCAUAAACGACGCACUGAAGGUUGCCCCCACGGUACAAAACGACCUGCUGUCGAUCCUGCUGAACUUCCGCUGCUACCGGUACGUCUUCACCACGGACAUCCCGAAGAUGUUCCGCCAGAUUGAGCUUCACCCCGAAGACACGCCGUACCAGCGCAUACUUUGGCGUGACGACCGAUCGUAG